GAACAUUUCAAGUUCUCCACCAUGUCCCUAAUAGCAGUCGGCCCAUGCCAAGAUGCAACCGAUCCCAUUUUACCCCUCUUCUGUCGGGGUUCCAUCACCGACCUGCAGAUCAGCAAAUGAUCGGCCCUCUGUCCGACCUCGAUGCUUGCCUCGAAUUUAACCGGCUCAUCCUCUUCAUUCCCCGCAUGCAGUGAGAUCCAAUCUCCAUGUCUUGAUGGCCUGAUUCUUGCUGAUGCCAAAGAUCGAUCGUCCCCGCCACCCGAAUAACCGUCAGCAUACCUUCUCCCUUUUCGGCACGGAGUUUCCUCCUUGCAUUCCACAUCCCUGCCUUCUAAGGCAGUGAAUUGCUGUUGUGCGUCGGUCGGGCCAGUUCCGAUCCUGUCCCCUACAGCAGCGUUAAUAGCCGUCCGUGAUCCCACAUUGAGACCGACACGGAAGAAUCGCUACCUGUCUUCGCUCUCAGCAGCGCAUCAUGCACGUCCGAUCCGAGAUAGCGGCGGCCAUGCUGGCAUCAAUCCUUCCCGUAGCUUUAAGUCAGCAUGUCCGAGACCUAAGCAACGAGCAUUGGUCCCUCAGCAGCCGGGCCUUGAAUCGAACGGUGCCUGCGCAAUUUCCAUCUCAGGUUCACAUAGAUCUAUUGAAGGCGGGGUUAAUUGACGACCCGUAUCAUGGUUUGAAUGAUUUCAAUCUUCGCUGGAUUGCGGAUGCCAACUGGACCUAUACCAGCCAGCCCAUUCAAGACCUCCUAGAUGAGUACGACUCAACUUGGCUCGUGUUCAAUGGACUCGACACAUUCGCAACGAUCUCUUUUUGCGGACAUCUGAUCGCGUCCACUGACAACCAGUUCCGCCAGUACGCAUUCGAUGUUACGACAGCUCUAAAGUCCUGCAAGGAGGAUCCUACUCUCAGCAUCAACUUUGGUAGUGCGCCGAACAUCGUCGAUGCUAUCGCCCAGGAUCCAAAUUCAGAAACUUGGCCAUCAAAUGUCCAGAUCACGUACGAGUACCCAAACCGCUGGUUUAUGCGCAAAGAACAAUCUGACUUUGGAUGGGAUUGGGGCCCAGCGUUUGCCCCCGCGGGUCCCUGGAAACCUGCAUAUGUCGUUCAGCUAGAGAAAACGGACGGCGUCUAUGUGCUGAACACGGAUCUGGAUAUCUAUAGGAAUGGGCAAAUCAAUUAUCUCCCACCUGACCAAAGCCAACCCUGGGUUGUCAACGCUAGCAUCGAUUUCUUGGGCUCCCUACCCAAUAGCCCAACCAUGUCAAUCAAAGUGAGCGAUGCUCGAUCUGGCACGGUCCUUACUUCGCGUGCUUUGGACAAUGUCACCGUGACCGGCAGCUCCAUAACAGGUGUCACCAUUCUCGAUGGGCUGACGCCGAACUUGUGGUGGCCGCAAGGCCUCGGCGAUCAGAACCUCUACAAUGUGAGCAUUACCGUCGCCCACAGUGAAACGCACUCUGUGGCCCACGUCACCAAAAGAACCGGCUUCCGCACCAUCUUUCUCAAUCAGCGCAACAUCACUGAAGCGCAGCGCGCACAAGGUAUUGCCCCGGGGGCGAAUUGGCAUUUCGAGGUCAAUGGCCAUGAAUUCUACGCCAAGGGAUCCAACCUUAUCCCACCAGACAGCUUCUGGACGCGGGUCACCGAGGAGAAGAUGGCCCGAUUAUUCGACGCGGUCGUGGUCGGAAAUCAGAACAUGCUCCGUGUCUGGUCCUCCGGCGCGUAUCUCCAUGAUUUCAUCUAUGACCUGGCGGACGAGAAGGGUAUCUUGCUAUGGAGUGAGUUCCAGUUCAGUGACGCUUUAUACCCUUCCGACAACGCCUUCCUGGAGAACGUCGCCGCUGAGAUAGUGUACAAUGUUCGAAGAGUCAACCAUCAUCCAUCACUAGCUUUGUGGGCGGGUGGAAAUGAAAUCGAAGUCCUGAUGCUCCCACUUGUCAAAGCGGCAGAUCCAACUUCAUAUUCCUGGUACGUCGGCGAAUACGAGAAGAUGUACAUCAGUCUCUUCCUACCUUUAGUUUACGAGAAUACCCGCUCCAUCUCGUAUUCCCCUAGUAGCACGACGGAAGGCUACCUAUACGUUGACCUCUCUGCCCCCGUCCCCAUGGCAGAACGAUAUGACAACACCACUUCCGGCUCCUACUAUGGCGACACGGACCACUACAACUACGACACCAGCGUGGCCUUUGACUACGGCUCCUACCCAGUCGGGCGCUUCGCCAACGAAUUUGGUUUCCACAGCAUGCCCAGUCUCCAAACCUGGCAAGAAGCUGUCGAACCCGAAGACCUCUACUUCAACAGCAGCAUCGUCAUGCUUCGCAACCACCACAAUCCCGCUGGUGGCCUCAUGACAGAUAACUAUGCCAACUCCGCCAUCGGCAUGGGCCAAAUGACCCUGGGUGUAGAGAACUACUACCCGAUCCCUAGCAAAUCAGAUCCUAUUGCCAAUUUCAGCGCCUGGUGCCACGCCACGCAGCUCUUCCAGGCAGACAUGUACAAGAACCAAAUCCAAUUCUACCGUCGCGGAAGUGGUAUGCCUGAGCGCCAGCUUGGAUCCCUGUACUGGCAGCUGGAGGAUAUCUGGCAAGCGCCUUCGUGGGCAGGUCUGGAGUACGGCGGCAGAUGGAAGGUUCUUCACCACGUUGCGAGAGAUAUCUACCAGCCUGUUAUCGUCUCGCCAUUCUGGAACUACACUACAGGUUCUCUGGAAGUUUAUGUCACGUCCGACCUAUGGAGCCCUGCAACGGGCAUUGUGAAUUUGACCUGGCUGGAUUUGUCUGGUCGUCCUAUAGCCGGUAAUGUCGGGACGCCAGAGUCCGUCUCCUUCACGGUAGGAGCGCUCAACACAACUCGGAUCUACGGCACAAAUAUCCAAAGCCUGGGUCUAUCGGAUACCAAGGACGCUAUUCUCAUGCUCUCACUCUCAGCUCACGGACGUCUCCCAAACUCGGCCCAAGCAACCACAUUCUCUCACGAGGACCACUUCACUCCAGCAUUCCCCAAGGAUGUGUCUAUUGUCGAUCCUGGCCUUAAACUGGAGUAUAACACCGAAACACGGACCUUUGCGGUGGAAGCUACCUCCGGUGUUUCUUUGUACACCUGGCUUGACUAUCUUACCGGAGUGGUGGGAUACUUUGAAGAGAAUUCCUUUGCGUUAGCUCCCGGGGAGAAGAAAGAGAUAGGGUUCACAGUCCAAGAAGACACGACAAACGGGGAGUGGGUGCGCAAUGUGACUGUUAAAAGCCUAUGGGAUCAGAAAAUUCGGGAUUGAUUCACAUCAGCCCCUAUACCAAGAAUGUAUAUAUCCCGAACCCGAAAAUCUAGGCGUCCUUCACUGCUUAUUAUCAAACACUUUUCCAUCCGGAUAAUUUACAUCAUUUCCUUCACAGGAAAAUGUGAUCGCUAUUUUUCCGCGUGAAUAUGUUAGACCUAUCUGUUUUGUAAGUGUUCGGGAGGAGGUAUGUCACUGGAGGUACCACU